AUUUGAACGUUCUACUUCACUGAUUAAAAAAGUGACUGUGACGUAUUUCAAAUAGCACGUUUGUCUAAAAAUUAGUGUGGAAGUGCCCUUCGAAAGGCGGUUUUGUGGGAUCUUAGACAAGUACAGAAGAAGACGAAGUAUUUUGACAGUUGUGUCUGACGUCUAAUUUGUUGUGAUUUGGAUUUGUUAGUUUGCAAUAAAAUACUGUAUUUUAUUCAACAACAAUGACGAGACAUGCAAGAAAUUGUACAGCCGGGGCCGUUUAUACGUAUCACGAAAAAAAGAAGGACGCACAAGCAUCAGGUUACGGGACAAAUUCCCAGAGGCUGGGAAAAGAUUCUGUGAAAGACUUUGAUUGUUGUUCACUUUCUCUUCAGCCCUGCAGAAAUCCAGUUAUAACAAAAGACGGAUAUCUUUUCGACAAAGAAAUUAUAUUGGAAUAUAUAAUAUCAAAGAAGAACGAAUACAGCCGUAAAUUGAAAGAGUACGAAAAGUUGAAGAAAAAGGAAGACGAGGAAAACGCAGUCAAAGUUGCUAGUGAAGUCGAAAAGAAAGUUACCUCAUUUUUAAAGGAAGAAAACAAUAUUGUUAGUAAACCUAUUGGCGGUUUUAAACCAGAUGAACCUGGAACUUCCUCGAUAUCAAAUAUGGCAGAGGGAAGGGAUAAAGAACUGCCAAGUUUUUGGAUACCGUCAAUGACUCCAAGUUCCAAAAAAUCUAAACUACAAAAACCUGAUGCUACCAUCUAUUGCCCCAUUUCCCAAAGACCGCUGAAAGUCAAAGACCUUAUAGACGUUAAAUUUACGCCAGUUAAUGAUCCUGACGACAAAAAAUCCAUACAUGUUAGGGAAAAUAGGUACAUGUGCGCCGUUACACACGACAUUUUAAGUAAUUCAGUACCGUGUGCCGUGUUAAGACCCACAGGCGAUGUGGUAACGAUGGAAUGUGUCGAAAAGAUUAUAAAAAAGGAUUGGAUUCAUCCGCUAACGAGCAAGAAAUUGACAGCAAAGGAUAUUAUUGUGAUGCAAAGGGGCGGCACCGGUUAUGCUUUAACAAAUGUGAAAUUAAAUGCGAAGCAGGAGCGACCAGCGCUUCAAGCAUAGUUUCGAGUGGGAGGAAUUGUGCUCGAUUUUAAUUUUAAAUGUAUUUAACGUAGAUAAUAAAAUACAGGAAAAACUG